AUGGUGUCGGUAGAAGGAAUUGUCGUAGAUCCACAUAAGGUAGAUGCGGUGUUGAAAUGGGAAUCGCCUACCUCAGUGACAGAGAUUAGAAGUUUCUUGGGAUUGACAGGCUACUAUCAGCGAUUUAUUCAGAGAUGUUCACAAAUUGCAUCUCCUCUAACUAGGUUAACCCGGAAGGAUCAACCGUAUGUGUGGACCAAUAAGUGUGAGUUGGCAUUUCAAGAGUUGAAGAGGAAACUGAUGUUUGCUCCAGUACUGGUUAUUCCUAAUCCUCGAUUGCCGUAUGUAGUUUACACAGAUGCAUCGUUGAAAGGUUUAGGGUGCAUUUCAAUGCAAGAUGAGUAA